UUGAAGUGGUUAAGAAUGUCUCUGCCAAGUAGACAAACAGCUAUUGUUAACCCUCCACCACCAGAGUAUAUAAACACUAAGAAAAAUGGACGAUUGACAAAUAAACUACAGUAUCUACAAAAAGUUGUUCUGAAGGCUUUAUGGAAGCAUAGUUUUUCCUGGCCUUUUCAGCAGCCUGUGGAUGCCGUGAAACUGAAGUUGCCUGAUUAUUAUACCAUUAUAAAAAACCCAAUGGAUUUAAGUACAAUUAAGAAGCGCUUGGAACAUAAAUAUUAUGCGCAGGCUUCAGAAUGUAUAGAAGACUUCAACACAAUGUUCUCAAAUUGUUAUUUAUAUAACAAGCCUGGAGAUGACAUUGUUCUUAUGGCACAAGCUCUAGAGAAGUUGUUUAGGCAGAAAUUAUUUCAUAUGCCACAAGAAGAGCAAGUUGUGGGUGGUAAGGAAAGAAUAAAGAAAGGCACUCAUCAGAAUGUAGCAGUUCCUUCUGUUAAAGAAAAACAGUUCCCUAAAGCAUCAGAAAAAGUAUUCAAGCAGCAAGUGACUCCCCCUGUAUUUCCUGAAACAUUUGUUUCUCCUUUAGAUAUGGCACAAAGUGCUCCACCCAACUCUACCUCAAUAACAGUUGCCCAGGUUACAAGGGGUGUGAAGAGGAAAGCAGAUACGACAACUCCUACAACUUCAGUAGUUACAGCAAGUGAUGAAUAUAUCCCAGCACUCACAGAAAAAAAAUCAGUGAAAAUGCCACCUAUAAAAGAAAGUGUGCUAAAGAAUGGUUUGCAGGAUUCGCAGCAACAAUAUAACAUUGUCAAGAGUGUUAUCCUAACAGAACAAUUAAGGCACUGUAGUGAGAUUCUUAAAGAAAUGCUUUCAAAGAAACACUUUUCCUAUGCAUGGCCCUUUUAUAACCCUGUUGAUGUUAAUGCAUUGGGACUCCAUAACUACUAUGAUAUUGUGAAAAAUCCAAUGGAUCUUGGAACUAUCAAGAGAAAAAUGGAUAACCAAGAAUAUAAGGAUGCAUAUGACUUUGCUGCAGAUGUUAGAUUAAUGUUCAUGAAUUGCUACCAAUACAACACUCCAGAUCACGAAGUGGUGGCAAUGGCCAGAAUGCUCCAGGAUGUUUUUGAAAUGCAUUUUGCAAGGAUCCCAGAUGAACCUGUUGAGACUAUGCCUGUAUGUUACAUCAACACAGAUACCACUAAAACCGUUGGUAGAGAAAGCAGUAGUGAGGCUUCCUCUGAAGCUAAUUCUGGUGAUUCUGAAGAUGAACGAGUCCAGCGUCUUGCAAAGCUUCAGGAGCAGCUUAAAGCUGUUCAUCAGCAACUACAGGUUCUGUCCCAAGUACCUUUUCAUAAGCUAAAGAAAAAGAAUGAGAAGUCUAAAACGGAAAAGAAAAAAGAAAAGUGUAAUAACAGAGAUGAAAAUCCAAGAAUUAAGCAAAUGAAAUUAAAGUCCAAGAACAAUCAGCCAAAGAAGAGGAAAGAACAGGUCUUGGCUGUGAAAUCUAAGGAUGAAUAUAAUGUUAAACCUAUGAACUAUGAUGAGAAAAGGCAGUUAAGUUUGGAUAUAAACAAACUCCCUGGAGAUAAACUUGGGAAAGUUGUACAUAUAAUACAAUCAAGAGAACCUUCAUUGAGAAAUACCAACCCCGAUGAGAUAGAGAUAGACUUUGAAACACUGAAAACAACAACACUAAGAGAACUAGAAAAAUAUGUUGCUUUGUGUCUAAGAAAAAGACCACUAAAACCUCGUGGUAAGAAAAUAAUGAAGUCCAAAGAACUUCAGUUACAGAAAAAACAGGAGUUGGAAAAGCGGUUACUGGAUGUCAAUAAUCAGUUAAAUUCCAGAAAACGUCAAACAAAACCUGAGAAAACUCAACCAGUGAAAUCUCUUGGAAGUGGCUCCCGACUGAGUGACAGCAGCAGCAGCAGCAGCUCAUCAGAGUCUGACAGUAGCAGCAGUGAUUCAAGUUCUUCAGACAGCAGCGAUUCCGAAUCAGAAAUGUUACCUAAGUUUACUGAAGUAAAACAGAAUGAUUCUCCUUCUAAAGAGAAAGUGAAGAAGAUACAGAUGGUCUGUCUUAAAACUGAAAGGUAAUUUUAUUUAACUUUGUCUCAACAGAUACAAUCUUCUAUACAAGAUACAAUCUCUUGUUCUACUACUCUUGUUUAUCAGACCAUGCAUUCAAGUGGAAUACCACCAAAUCACUGCCCGUUAGCACUUAUUCAUCAAGAAUUAGAACAUUUACAGAGUGUGAAAAACAUUUCACCCUUACAAAUCCUGCCUCCCUCAGGUGAUUCUGAACAACGCUUAAAUGACCUAACUGUGAUGCCUCAGCCUCGUGAUAAUACAGUGGUGUUAGAUUCUGAAUGUCAAGUUCCUGUGCAGAAGGAUAUAAAGAUCAAGAAUGCAGACUCUUGGAAAAGUUUAGGCAAACCCGUCAAAACUUCAAGUGUACUGAAAUCCUCAGAUGAGCUUUUCAACCAAUUUAGAAAAGCAGCAAUAGAAAAAGAAGUAAAAGCUCGAACACAAGAACAAAUACAGAAACAUCUGGAACAAAAUACAAAGGAACCAAAAGUAUUUCAAGAAAGUCAGAGAGACCCUGGCUUCACUCUAGAAUCUUUUCCAAAUAAGAUGCAAAACAAGUGCCUUGGAGAAGAGCAGAAAGUACAUCAACAAUCAUUGGAAGCUCAGGAUAAACGUAACCUCUGGCUUCUCAAAGACCGUAAUUUAGCAAGGGAGAAAGAACAAGAGCGGAGGAGGAGAGAAGCAAUGGCCGGUACCAUUGAUAUGACUCUGCAAAGCGACAUUAUGACAAUGUUUGAAAACAACUUUGAUUAA